AUGUCCUCCUCCCUCUACGAACCCCUUCAUCCCACCGAGUUCAGGCUUCUCAGACUGUUACCACGCCGUAGGGAGAAAGACACAAGAAAAGCGGGAGGAGAGAAGGGUGCAGCCAAAACGAAAAGAGGAAGAGGGGGUAAUAAGGGAAGAAAGUGGAGAGCCAGGGAGGGUAAGAAGGUCAAGAGUGCGGAAAACAGUGAGCUGAUCUCCCUCAAACCAAAGACAUUCCCGAUCAGCAAGUGCCCAAGUUACCAAGCCCUUCCAUACUGCUGGGGACCACCUGAGCCCAAACAGAAUAUACGAGUAAACAAGACUCGCCAGUUGGACAUUUGGCCAGAACUUCACAAGGCUCUUCAAGUGUUCAGAGACUUGGAUGCCAUCCGGCACCCUCAAUGGAUCUGGAUCGAUCAGAUAUGCAUCAAUCAGGAAGACGAGGACGGGAAAGGUGUCCAGAUUGGAAUGAAGGGUGACAUCUAUAGAGAGGCGGAACUCGUCACCAUCUGGGCCGGUGACGGUGACUCGAAGAUGGAAGAGAGCCUGGAGAAGACGAGGGAGUUCGCAUUUGCGAUAGCGCGGUGUCCGCCUAUGAGAACACAGGGUUUCGUGGUGUUGGGUAUGUACAGCCGCCACUUGAAAGACUGUGAAGCCCUCUUUCAACGCCAGUGGUUUACCCGCAUAUGGACACUACAAGAGGUUCUCUUGGCCAGGAGUGCACGGCUGGUUUGCGGUCGUUCCAUCAAAAGCUGGGAUGAACUAGCCACCGUGUACUUGCGCUGUCCGGAAGAGUGCCAAAGCAGCAUAGGUGUGGCUAGAAGGGCAAGCCUUGGAUAUGGGGCCCUAAAGCCUUUUGGUAUGAUUUCUGCUCUUCAUUCAAGGAACUGGUUAAGCCGUUGA